AUGGCACCGCGACGCACAAGAGCUAGCGCCGACAGCCGGGCAUCUCCCAGUGCCACACCUCCCGCGAAGUCCCGCACCCACGAUGCCAUCAAGUUCAAAGGCCACGGGAAGCUUCGGGGGACCGUCGCCAUACUCGAAGACGGAGAAGAACUCGAAGUCGACGCGGAACAACUCUCUCACUACCUAUACUUCCUACGCGAGCGCCAAAGUAUCUCGAACAAGCGCUUUGCUCGUGAACCUCGGCCGUGGACCAAGGACGAUGUCCUGCGCGGCUACCGCUUCGCCGAGAUAUUCCGCCUCUUCGACAGGGGCUCUCAGUACAUCAAACGCCAUGUCAUCGACGAAGGCGACCAAAGUCUAGAAGAGUGCAGCUUCCGUUGCAUUCUCUAUCGCGUCUUCGCACGCCAAUCCACCUGGGAAUACCUACAGAAUACCCUCGGCGAACUGACCUGGAAGGGUUUCAACCGCAAGCGUUACGUUCAGGCCUUGGACAAGCGGGUGGCCUCUCGCGAGGCGCUCUACACCUCCGCCUAUCAGGCGCCCGCCCCGUCAGUGGAGAAGAUUGGGGGGCGCAGUUCGCACGAACGGCACCUUCGACUCGUCGAACUGAUGAUGAGGACGUCUUUGCCGCAGCGUCUUCUCGAGCUGCCGGAACUCUGCGAUCAAUAUCAUUUCGUCCAACGUUACCCUAGUAUGGGCUCCUUCCUGGCUCUACGUAUCGUACUCGACCUUAACAUGAUACCAUCGUUAACACGCCCUCAUGAUUGGGCGACACCAGGUCCAGGCGCAAAAAUGGGUACUGCUCUUAUAUUCAGCCAAAAGACAGGCAAACCGCCUAGCGAAAAGCACUGCAUCCAAGCGUUCCGAUGGCUUCAACGGAACGGGAACCGACUAUUCUUGAAAGCCGGAUACCAGGAAUCAGACAUCCCCGCUCUUACUGACGGCGAAAUAGGCCUCACUGCCAUCGAUCAUGAGCACGCCCUUUGCGAGUUCUCGAAGUAUGUUCGCAUCGCGGCGGGCAACUACGGCAAGGACAACGGAAAGUACAAGUUCACACGGCCGAACCCAGUUCCUGUCACGCGAGAGCUCCCUCAAGGUUGGAAGUCGCUUGCGGAGGCCUGCGCAAGACGUGACGCAGCAUACACUCAACCUGCUCCUGCUGUGGGCAACGCCAAAGAGGACGAGGCGGAGUGGUACGUUUCACACAUCGUGGCUAAGGACAAGCGCGACGAGGAAGACGAAGAUGUGGAGCCGAGAUACCUCGUGCGUUGGGAGGGCUACUCGCCGUUGGACGAUACAUGGGUGCCGGAGUCCAAUUUGGAAGAGAGCUCGCGUGAGGUCCUCGAAGAGUACAAGGCGAAGAUCCAGUUGAUUGAAGAUAUGCGAGCUCUAUACAUCAAGGGUAAGCUAUGA